AUGUACGUUAAGAGUUCAGGAUUCCAGGCAGUGCGGCUAGAUACGGAGUCGGAUACCCAGCCGCAGCCCAAGGGAUGGGACCUCACGACUCAGAUACACCACGGGCAGCGAUCUCCCAACAAUAUUUUGUACAUGCGCAACAAAGAGCAGCACAAGACCCUCAUGGGCCGGAGGCACUGGACAACCGUCGUGAUCGAUUUUCCGAGACGGUUCAUUCUCCGGAGGCUCUACGAGACUCGAUACCCGAACACACGGUGUUAUCGACCCCUACGACACAGAGCGGUUGAGGCAGAUGAUCUUCCACGUGCCGAGGCGCUGAGAGGAGUGUUAGAAACCUUACGAGCCACACAUGACUCGCGCCCCGUAACCAAGCACGAACCACGAGUACCGAGAAGCAGGCCUGAAUGGCCGUCGAACCGAUACCAACUACACAAUGUAUUAGAGAGAGAUACUAAAGGAGCCCUGGUGGAGGCGCUAAAGAACGCGCAGAUCUCGGGCCUAGACACGGCGUGGAGUUUGCGGUGGUUUUAUAAGGUUCUGAGCCACUUCAAGGCCGAGCAGUCUACUUUAGAUUAUAUCAAGUCCAACCAACGUUUGGUCAAUUGGACUCCAGAGUUGCAGAUAACACAGAUCUGCUCUCACGAAACUCAAGCGACAGUCGACCCCACAUUCCGUAAGUUGGCGAAGGGACACUCUCGGGUGUCAAAUGUACCUAUUAUGGCACAGAUGACACAAUUAAUGGAGAAUCACAGACGUGCCCACCAAUGCAGCCAGACGGAUGCGGAAUUCAAGCAAAGCCUUUUGAACCACUGCAUUGUGCAGUUGUUGGAAGACUCUCUUGGGUCUCGUACAUAUGAGCGGACGCUACAACUGCACACCAAGUGGCACUUGAUGGAGACUCACGAAUUGUUGCAGCUUCUCAGUCCUGAUAUUCAAGAAGCACAGACAAGAACUACGGCGUGA